AUGGGCAGUAGUGAAGAGCAGAUGCUGCUGGCUCAAGAUCGGCCAGAUUUGAUUGAAUCUCUUGAUCCCAGAUGCAGCAGCAGUGAGAAUGACAAAAGUUGCUCAAGAAUUACUAGCUUUCCAGAGAAGAAAAGAAAACAUCUGUCCACAGCAGAGAGUCUGGAUUAUCUGCCUUCACACAGUAAUGUUUACAAGACGUGGCUUCAAGAGCAAAGCUACAGAUCAGACUGGGAUCGCUGGCUGGUUAUGGGCAUUAUUGGAAUAGUAGUAGGAGUGCUGGGAUUCCUGAGCCAUCAAAUAAUAGACUAUCUUAUCCAACUGAAAUGGGAACUGGUGGAGAAUUAUAUUCAGUUCUUUUGUCCCAGUGGAGCUCCAAGUGGAUUGCCAGAGGUCAUUGGUUUCCUCAACGGAACUUCUAUUCAGCACAUUUUUAACAUCAAGAGUUUUGUGGGAACAUUUGGCUCCUGUGUUCUAGCUGUGGCAUCUGGACUCUUCUGUGGACCAGAAGGUCCCAUGAUUUACUUGGGAGCAAUAAUAGGAUAUGGAUUGAGCCUGUUCAAGCCAAAGAUUUUUGGGAUUAAUCUUCCCUCCUUUACCAGAUUUUGGAACACAGCCGACAAGAGGAAUUUUGUUACGGCUGGUGCUGGAGCAGGGAUUGCUUCUGUAUUUCAUGCCCCAGUGGGUGGACUUCUAUUUACAUUAGAGGAGGUGGCAUCUUUCUGGGAUAUCAAAUUGGCCUGGCAAACAUUCUUCUGCUGCUUGAUGGCUACCUUCACAACAGAUCUGCUCUCCUCUUCUCUUUGUGGGUUUGUUUACAGGGGUCAGUUUGGAUUUUUCAAAGCAGAGAAGAGAAUUUUAUUUUGGGUUAAGAACUUAUUGGAUAUGAGUGUCUUGGCCUUCAUUCCAGCCAUUUUCCUGGGAAUACUUGGGGGCCUUUUGGGAGCUCUCUUCGUUUCCUUGAAUAUAAAGAUCAAUAAAUUGCGCAUGUUGGUCUUCAGCAGAAUUCUAAAAAUACCACUUAGAAAAGCAACUAAACUCUUAGAAACUGUGCUGAUCCUUGUUUUGACCAUUACUGCUACUGUCUACUUACCAUACUUCUUUCACUGUACUCCAGUCAGAAAUUUGUCGGUAUUUGAUCCCACGAACAAGUCACAAAAUGUAAGCCAGGUUAGGUGGCAAAUUUCAGAAUAUAAUUGUCCAACGCCAACAUUAAAAAUUGGGCCAGAUAUUGUGAAAUAUCCCAACCAAACCUUCAAUGAAGCUGCUGCUCUUUUGGCUGAGAAUGGUAUGAGAAGUAUCACAUACUUAUUCAAACGUGGGACUCAUGAGGAGUUUGGCUAUGCCUCUCUUUUUGUAGCAUUGAUAUUCUACUUCUUGCUGUCCUGCUUGACUGCAGGCUCUGCUGUUGCGAGUGGUUUGGUUAUACCCAUGCUAUAUAUAGGAGCAUUAUAUGGCAGGAUUGUUGGUUUGAUAUUGAUUUCCAUUUUUGGGGUUCGAACAGAUGAAAGUGGAGCAUGGAUGGAUCCAGGACUGUUUGCUGCAAUUGGAGCGGCUUCCUUCUUUAGUGGUGUCUCAAGGCUCACCAUCUCCCUUACUGUUAUAAUGGUUGAGAUCACAAACGAUGUCCAGUCUUUGCUGCUUAUCAUGCUCGCUGUCAUGUUAGCCAAAAUGGUUGGUGACUGGUUUAACUUGUCUCUAUACAGUUCUUUACUGAAGCUGAAAUGCAUCCCCUACUUAGAUGCUGAGCCAGUUGUAUGCCACAUGAAAAACUGGCUAAAUCUGGAAUUGUUUGCUGCCAGAGAUGUCAUGAAGCGUCACGUCAGGGUUCUCCGUUUAAAGGAAAAUGUUGCUUUCUUGGCUGAACUCCUGGUCAGCACCAGCCAUAAUGGAUUCCCAGUGGUUUGUAAAUCUAAGCCAGAUCAGGCGGAGGUGUUCCUGGGAACAAUUACAAGGUUUGAUCUCUGUGUGCUACUGGAAAAUGAAAAUAUAUUUGAAACAGAGGCGGGGGAAGAACCUAAACCUUGUCCACUUCUUUCUUACGAAAAGAUCAGGGCUGAAAAACUGCUUGAUCAGCAACGGAUGGCCAUUAUGUUGGAUUGCUAUAGUACAGACCCUCUCUAUCAGCAGCUCUUCAUCAAUCUGGAGCCAUAUAUAAACAAAUCGGCAAUGUCCGUUCAAGCUCAUUUCUCACUGCAACUCACGUACAACAUCUUUCGGUCUCUAGGCCUUCGCCAUCUGACAGUCGUUGAUUUGCAGAACCAAGUCAUUGGUAUAAUUACCAGGAAAGAUCUGAUAACUUUCCAGAGUGAAGAGAAACUGGGGCUUCAACAGUCAACACAGCAGCCUCAGUCUGAUGAUGAGCUUUUAGACUAGGAAGUUAUCUGAAUAAUGAAAUAUGAGUUUCCCAAGC